AUGGCCGCACUCUCCUGCUACCAGCCGUGUCGGUCGCACCUCGCACAACCUGCUAGGUGUUUCGAAGACGACGAGGAUCAAUCCGCAACACUAUCAGUACGAAGGCGUCAAUUCAUCGAAAGAUGUCACGAAGCUCGUUCGGGGAGGAACAGAGACUUCAUACCUGAGGUGUCCGUCAAGAGGACAAGAGAGGAGCUCGCGAAGCAUGCGGCACAAACGCAGCAACUGACGAGGCGGCUUAACGUCGAGUCGGGAUGGUCGAAGGUUGAAGAGGUCAGGAAGAAGUUCGAGGGAGCCGCUACUUCGACUUCUUACUCUCGGUCUUUUGAAUCUCCGCCUAGGCGUCGCCUAGCAGACUCGCUGUUCGCAAGUUUCAAGCUACCGCGCAGGAAGGAGAUGGCGACGCCUCGCUCGCUGGCUCCCCAGCCGCAGCAGAAGCGCAAGUCCGCGGUCGAACUUCUGGCAGAAACUAAAGCCUUCUACGUCAAGUCGGAGACUGUACUCGACCGGAAGCAGGAGCUACCCUUGAGGGUAAGCAGCGGCUUAAGUCAGGCGAUAGCUGCUGGAGGCUGCCACCUCGUCAGCUCCGGCGCUCUCAACAAUGACGCUUGCUGUAAUCCUUAUGCAACGACUAGAAUAGCCAAUACUCGUCGCGCGGUGAGCGCAGGGGAGGGCUUGCAGAAUACUUUGAGAAGACUUCUGGAACAUUCCGACAGCAGGGAAAAUGUUUACUCGCCUGCCUAUGUCUCUCAAAAAAUGUUUACCGAGUCACGGCGACUCAAAGACUCGUAUCCAGAGCGAGAAGUGUCUCGCUCUCAGCACACUUCCGGUACAUUCUCCGGCACAUCCUCAUCCGGUUCCGGUUCUAAACACAAAGAGGACAAAAACAGACCCUUGAACUUCGGAGACGCGAGGGUCUUCUUCCCGGAGUCGUUCGUGAUACCCAGACAGAGACCAGAAGUUGUUAUUAAGAGCAAUUAUUCUAUACCGAGUCCUCAGUCGAGUCCACAUGCGCUACCCGACGACAUCUCUCGUAACGGCGACCAGCUCGAAACGAUCAGUCCCCCCGCUGAGUAUGCACACUCCGCGCCUAGAUAUAUUAGAUCGAAUUCCCACUCCCAACCGAGCGCACGUGAGGAUGACUGCACUAAUAUUAAUAGUCACAAGUCGCUUCCCGACUUGCAUGCGCAGGCUCAUGGCUAUCCCGAACACGUGAAUGUAGUCGUAGGCACGGAAUCGAUCGGUCGCUCGCCUCGUAGACGGCGACAUUCAGUUCAUCACCGUACCGCGUCCUGCUCCUCUAAAGGAACCAGGUCAAAUCAUUCAUCUCUGAUGUCGUCCUGCGAUGCGUUCUCAGAACACCCAUCGCCUGGCGAAGAGAACUAUCAAUCAUACAACAGUCGCUGCGGGUCGUCGUUCGCCCGCGACUCGGGCGGCUCGAGCGGCCACUACACGCAGCGCAGCGCGCCGCCGCACGCGCACCACGCCUCCGAGCGCGGCCGCCGUGACGUCGCCAGAGGCUACUCGUGGCAAGCCGGCAACGGCAGCACCCUGGAGCAGUGCUACGUGUCGGCGCCGCCGCAGUUCCAGGACGGCGCGCCCUCGCCGCCGCCGCUCUACCCGCACGCGCCGCUCGCGCACGCCCGCGUCGGGAUACACUUCCAGGCGAGUGCUCCGCCACCUCAGUUUCAAGAUGAGCCCCCGAUGUACGACUACGGUGACUACGAUUGCACUUACAAAACACCCCUGAAAUGCUUGAACGUUGGUAGGAAAGAAUACACUAACACAAGAGAAUAUACCAGAUACCACGAACCGAGUACAGAGCUAAUAAGCAAGCAGCCUCAGUACCAGGAAGUACGUAUGCGGCCCCGCAUCGAUGAAAAGCAGGACUACGUCAACACGGCUCAGAUCUGUCCUCCAGAGGAAGUGACGUCACCGCUCGGAACUUUCAAGCGCCAAAGAUGUCUUCGCUAUAAGCAACGUCGUCCGAGACCGAUUCUACGCUCUAAGUCAGAUAUAUCGGAUAGAUAUAGACGUUCAGACGGCCGAAGCCCUGCCUCAGCGCCGUGCGAAGGCGAGGACUCCCCCAGCCCCUCGGCGGAGUCCGUCAGGCUGCAGCAGUUCUUCGACUACCUGGGCAUGGACUCGCGGCAGUACGACGCGUUCAUACGAGACGGGGAUGAUGAUAGUCCGGUCUUCUUCUCUUCUGCCUCUACCGUGGACUCGAAUCAGAUAGCGGCCGCAGCUGAUUAUACGGUCCAAGGCCCCGGUAUCCAGAAACAGAUCUACCGCAACACGGAACCGCCGAGCGUUGUGGAAAGAAACGCAAGGAUUAUAAAAUGGCUGUGCCAAUGUCGUAAAGCACAAAUACAACCGCCUCAAUAGACCAAAAAAAGGAAAAAAAAAUCUUUUUCCUUUACAAUUUUCAUGGUUUGACGUUAAUUUAAAACGCGGGAAACAAUUAAACAGAUUACUUUUUUUAAUUUUCGAAUAUAAUUCGAAUUUUAUAAAAUACAAUCUGAAUUGCAUUUAAAAAAUGUUUUUCGUCUUGUUUACGGUAAAUUGAUGAGAAAAUACUAUUAUAAAAAUUUCCGAAAAAUUAUUUGAUGUUCGAAAUAUUUAUUUGAAAUUUAUAUUAAAUUUUACCUUUCAACUACUUGAAGAAAAUUUUUAGUCCUUUGUCCAAGAAAUUAUUUUUAAAAAAUUGCUAUCUACAAAAAAGAAUAUAAAUUAUGCUGCUUAUGUUUUUAAUCAUCUGUAUUUUUUAUUAUCAUAAAUAGAUUUAGAUUUAAAAAUGUAACCUGAAUAUCGACUGCUCGUAAUAUAAGCGACCUUCGUUCACUGGUUUAGAUAAAACAAAAAAAAAUUGAGGCAUGAUAUUAAAUUAUACCUACACCGGUGUCAACAACACAUAAAUCAAAAAAGUAUAUAUUAUUGUACUUAAAAACAUCUUUUUAUCGGAAUUUCUAGUCAAAUGAUAUCAAGAACAACCGAUAAACUUAUUUUUUUUUUUCAUACAUACUUUCUAUAUCCCCAUGUGUUACAGCAGCAUUACACUUAACAAAAAAAAAAAUAUACUUCAAUUAUGUUCACAUGUAUUAUUGUAGUACAAAAACUGUUGCGUGUAAAUAUAACUGAAAAAAUAAAUUUAAUCUUGAAAGAUUAUAAUUGGAUGAUAAACAAUAAAAAUAUAUUUAAAUUUACGUACAAGUCGUGAGCUUAGUAUUAGAAAGUCAAAAUUAGUUAUUUAAAUAAAUUUAAUAAUUAAAAUUGAAGCACUAAAUCGUAAUGUCGCUAGAUGGACGCCUAUUCAAAUUUCGUAUUUUUAUUAAUGUAAAUAUAUGUGAUAUUAAAAUAUCAAAUGAGAACUAAUUGAAAAUGUUACCAAAAAAUACAAUCACUGGAUAAUUUAAAAAAAAACGGUAAGCGACCUAACAGUCGAGCUACUAAACCAUAAACAGUUUAUAUCGUAAGGAAUACGAUAAAAUAAAAGCCUACAAAUGAAAAAUAUAA